AUGGCCGAGCCAAUCCCAGCGCCGCUCAAGAUCCCCGAAGUCAGUCGGUUUCUCAACCGCGCAAACCAGCUGCGCGCCUUCAAACCCGCCAUCUCAUACUGGUGCGAAUACCAUGCCGUCAACCAGAUUGUAGGAAAGAACCUGCACACCACCGACGAUGACUGCUUCGCCUUCACAAAGACGCUGCUCGAGCGCCUCGAGUCCACAAAGGCCGAGCGUCCAGACGACGACGCCAUCAUGGACAACACCGCGGGGCAGGCCUAUGUCGAGCAGUUUGCGCAGGAGACGUUUGAUCGUGCAGAGCGAACCAUGAAGGCGAACAAAGUGACGAGACAAACCGCCGACACCUUUGAUGCUGCCGCCACCUUCUUCGACCUCACCCACGAAUGGGGAACCCCCGAGCCAGAUGUCCUACAAAAGAUCAAAUUCGCCAAGUGGAACGCCGCCCGCAUACUCAAGGCCAUCCGCGAGGGUAAGGACCCCAACGAAUCCAACCCCAAGCCCCGCGAGGUCGAAGACGAACCGGCCCUCGACCCUCUCGACCCCGACGUCCAGGAACUCACCAGCCCCCCGUCGCCGCAAGCUGCCUACGUCGAGGACGCUCCCGACGGGGGCGAGCCGUCGCGCCAGGAGCCCGUGCAGGAAGGAUAUUUCCCCCUUACGCAGGCUGCUGAGCCUGACAACGAGCCCUUUGUCCCUUCGCCCAUGAGCACGAGUCCUCCGCCUCAGGAUCUUCCGACGCAACCGCCACAUUCUACGCCUCAGCUUCCUCCGCAAUUCACUUCCUAUGCGCCUCCUCCCCAGCCUCCUCAGCCUGUCAACCCUUCUGUUCCUCCUAGCUGGACCGCCCCCACGGCUCCCGUCCCUCCAGCUGUCGUGUCGCCAACUGUCGUCUCACCUCCCGUCGCAACUCCCAUCGUACCGCCGGUUACGAACGCUAGCAGCAGCAGCAGGCCCCCAGUGGCCGAUCAGAAGAGCAUGGCACAGGCGCAGAAACAUGCCAAGUGGGCGAUAUCCGCUCUGAAUUUCGACGACGUGCCGACCGCCGUGCAGGAACUGAGGAAUGCGCUGGCUACUCUUGGGGCACUGUGA